UAUAGUGAAAAAGAGUGUUUAUGGAAGAAUAGUGUAAAUUAUCGUAAUAAAAACAUGCGAAAAGCAGCUGAAGAGGACAUCGUGAACAGGAUUAUAUAUACGUUCCAACUGUCAAGUGGUUCUGAUAACUGGAAGAAAUAAUGGAUAGCUACACAGCUGAAAAUGGAACGAAAAGCAUAGAAACACAAAUCGCUCCACCUAGCGAAAAUGAACAAGGUCUGCUAGAGGAACAAGUCAUUGAAGAACCGUCUCCAAAUCUCUCGCAGACUCCUAUAAGACCUUCGACCAGCAAAACAUGCUCCCGAGUAGAAUCGACUGCUGGUUACGUGAAAAAGUAA